CUUCCUACCUCGCGUCAAACGCGCCUGUUGUGUGAACGCGAAAUUAAGUUCAUAGCACGUGACCAGUGUUUACUUCUCGUUUGACUUUUUCUUCCAGCCCAUCUUACACCUGACGGUUACCUCACCACUCUUCCCAAGCUUGCUCUUCUCGCAACAGCACUAACUAGCAACUUUCACUGUACCACGAAUAGUUCAAAUGCAAUAAGAAUGGAUCCUAUUAUUGAAGAAGAAAAGGCUUCAAUGAGUAGAGUUUCCGAACGCCAGCUGCUUCGGAAGGAAGCCGAUGCUGAGCCUGGCGGGUUUAGAGGCCUGUUGAAGUCGCCCAACAUACUGGCAUUCUCUUUGAUCGCGAGUAUUGGCGGUUUUCUUUUCGGCUACGAUCAAGGUGUGAUUUCAGGAAUUUUGGUGAUGUCUACUUUCAAGAAAGCCUUCCCUCGUAUCGGAGGUGAUGGCGAUCUCCAAGGCUGGGCCGUUUCGAUCAUGCAGAUCGGAGCUUUCUUGGGUGCUUUGCUUAACAGCCCGCUUGCGGAUCGCUUGUCCCGUAAGUACAGCAUUGCGCUGGCCAAUGUCUCCUAUUUUGUGGGAGCGUGUUUGCAGGCUAGCGCUAUGAAUGUGACGAUGAUGUUUGUCGGUCGUCUGAUCAGCGGCUUCGGCGUCGGUCAGCUUAGCAUGGUUGUUCCUUUGUAUAUCAGCGAGAUAGCCCCCUCAAACAUUCGAGGGUCAGCUGUCAGUCUUCAACAGCUUGCUAUAGCUAGCGGAAUUAUGGUUGCCUUUUGGCUUGACUUUGGCACCCAGUAUAUUGGGGGGCUUGGUGAUGGGCAGAAGUCGAUUGCAUGGCGCCUUCCCUUGGCAGUUCGCGCCCUUCCCUCGCUCGUUCUACUUUUGUCAUCCAUUUUCGUUCUUCCGUUUUCUCCACGCUGGCUAAUGAAGGUCGGCCAGGAGGAGCAGGCGUUCUAUGUACUAGGAAAGCUGCGUCGGCUGCCCCAAAGCGAUCGUCGGGUCAAAAAUGAGAUGCUUCAAAUCAAAGCUGGAGCGAUGCUUGAGGAUCUCACGAUGAAGGAGAAAUUCCCUGAUGCCAAGACUGAUAACCAGCGCGCGAUCCGGCUGUAUAAGGAGCUUCUCACCCAACGUCAUCUUUCAAAGCGUCUAUUUGUUGCCUGCUUUAUGCAGGUACUCCAGCAAUUGAGUGGAAUUAACGCUGUGAUAUACUACGCACCUAAGAUGUUUCAGGCUAUCGGUUUGAAAGGAGCGUCGGUUUCUCUUUUGGCUACCGGCGUCAUUGGAAUCAUCAAUGUUCUGGCAACAAUUCCGGCGAUUGCAGUGGUCGACAGAUACGGCCGACGCACUGUUUUGAUGCUUGGUGCAGCAGCUAUGACCAUUUCUCACGUUGUGAUUGCCAGCUUGUACGCUGCCUUUGAGAAAACGUGGGACAGAUACCCUGGAGCCGGAUGGACCGCGGCAGUGUUUCUGUGGCUGUUUGUGUUCAACUUUGCUUAUUCUGUUGGCUGUAUUAGCUGGAUAUACCCGUCUGAGAUUUUCCCUCUAGGAGUGCGAGCUCAAGCCCUUGGAAUCUCAGUUGGAGUUAACUGGAUCUCUAACUUCCUAAUCGGCUUGCUGACACCUCUUAUGUUGCGCUAUCUGAAAUACGGCACCUUUUACCUCUUUGGAAGCUGUACUGUUACACUGUUUAUCUGGGCCCGUCUGUGCUUACCUGAAACUAGAGGAGUAGCCAUGGAAGAUAUGGACAAACUGUGGGGCGGGGCUGAAAGUCAGGAAACAGCGGAGAGAAUGAGCCGUAUCUAUCAGAAGUUGGGUAUCAAUCCAGAUAACCAAGAGGAUGAAGAAAUGGAGGAGGUCGAGUUUUAAGUGGCACUGUCGGAGGGUUUUUUUUUUUGUAUCAUUACUUGUAAAGGUCUGGCUAGAGAUGUUCGACUCUAGGGUAUGUUGGUAACUGUGCAAUUAAUAACAAAUUGUAUUCACUGUGUGAAUAAGAAGAAGGAGACAAUAUCAGCUCAGAUAUCGCUCGUUGUAGAUCCAAGCGGUCAAGCGCCCAAACCCUAGCUAUCUAUGGCUUAAGUGCCACAUAAGUGUUGCAUUUAAUAAUAUAUAUGGGUUAGGGUCCGAUUGGCCUACUGCUACUUAUUACUUGCUUCCUAAAGCUGCUUGUUCGAAACCAUUCUCCCGCUGUACAAAGUUGAUUUGGA